AUUUAGAUUUCCUUUUUUUCCCCUCCCCCUUUCAACCAAACGUGUACCAAGAUCAAUCGAUAGAGCUUCCUCCGUUUACGAAUCGUCGGAGAACAAGGGCAAAGGAGGAAAGAGAGAAAAAAAAAAGCGCCUGUGAUACCCUCGGAAGUUCGUCCAUGAAUCAUUUUCCCCGUGCGUCUUUGUGUCACAAUCCAAUAUGUUCUGGCGUUUUGGGGGAUAUGCAAAUAUCUCCGCGAUCAAUACCUUACUGGAAAAGCCGGAUGUCUCACUCGAGGAGGUUCUCGAUGAGUCAGAGGUCAUUUCGGAGCUGAAGAACCGUAAUACGAAACUCAUAGAGUACCUGCGGGAUGAUAAUGUCUUGAAACGACUUAUGGACUAUGUUAUCGCUCCGAGUCUGGACGACGACAAUGAAGAUGAGGAGGGUGAUGCGGAAAGCGAAAAGAAAUCUACCUCCUUGAGGGAGGGGUUGGAACCUGAAGAUCUGGAACGCGCAGAACAGCAGCGCCUCAAAUAUGCCUACAUCGCAUGCGAGAUUCUCUCCUCGGAGACGUGGUCGAUCCUGGAAUCGAUCAUGAUCAACGAGAGCUACCUUCGGGACUUUUGGGGAUUCCUUAAAAGGCCAGCCCCGCUGGACUCUCUGCAGGCUAGCUAUUUUACAAAGGUCAACGAGACCCUGUUUGAUAAGAAGACUGAGGAUAUGCUGGGAUUUUUCAAGUCCUUAGAAGGGAUUGUCCCAGCUAUGCUUCAGCACAUUGAUAACCCUAUGGUUAUGGAUCUGCUGUUGAAGAUUAUAAGUCUGGAGAAGGCAGAAGGCGGUCAGGGUAUUGUUGACUGGCUGAAAUCGCAAGACUUGAUACCCAUUCUUCUGUCAUAUCUUUCAGCAGAGCAUCCUGCAUCGGUUCAGACCUCCGCUGGUGACUUCCUGAAGGCUAUCAUCACGAUUUCCGCAAAUGCGACCCAGGCUGAGCAGUCGUGUAUUGGACCUAACAGUCUGACAAGACAACUGGUCUCUGCGUCCUGUGUUGAAACGCUCAUACAGUAUAUGCUGCAAGGUGGGAACCCUCUCACCGUUGGGGUCGGCAUAAUCAUCGAGGUGAUUCGCAAAAACAAUUCAGACUACGAUCCGGAAAAUGUCGGUGGACCCGAUUCUGAGCCUACGACGUAUGAUCCCAUCUAUCUCGGGACGUUACUUCGCCUUUUCGCGGACCACAUACCGGACUUCAUGACGCUCAUUCUCAGUUCGAAGCGUACUGUGAAUGAGGGCGGUCAGAACAAGAUCGUGGAAAGAGGGGAACUCAGUACUGCAUGGGGAAACAAGAUCGAGCCACUCGGUUUUGACCGAUUUAAGACUUGUGAACUGAUGGCUGAGCUGUUGCAUUGCAGCAACAUGGGUCUAUUGAAUGAGAUUGGGAGCGAAGAAUAUAUCCGGCAACGGGAUGCGGAACGCGAACGGUUAAGAGCGCAAGGAGCCUAUGAUCUUCACCGAGAUGAGAGAUCUGGUAUCGAUUACAACGAUUCGACUGCGGGCUUUGGCAAUGGGUCGGCCCUUGGAUCUGGCUCUCCUGAAGAUCUAAGGGUUCUUGAAGUGGCCAAUGCCAGCGAAGAAGAUGGCUUUGAAGAUGUAGGCUCCUCAGGCGUUCUGGUGGACAGCGUGAAAGAAGGCGAGGAGAAGACUACGGGUGAGAAGGAUGCAAAGACCGAGGAGCCUUUCACGGAUAUCUCAUCCCAGUCGCCCAGGCUUGACAGCGACGAGUUCGUUGAUGAGCCUUUGACGGACGCUAAACAGAGCCAAGACAGUGAAAAGCCUGGCGAGCAGCCAACAGAGUCGCUGACUCAGGAACCUGAAUCUCCUACGGCGUCUGGCCUUACCGACAAAGUUGGGCAAAUCAAGAUCGAGGGUGGAGACUCCCCCCAGGCAGCGGAGAACGAUACUUCGACUUCACAUGGCGAACAGCUACAGAACACAGUGGACGCCGAUGCUUCAUUAUCUCCUCAUCCCGAAGACACGCCAGCGCCUUUGUUUGCGUCUAAAGGGGAGAAUGGUAGCCCCGAAGAGCAGGCCACGGGCGAUAGCAGACCUGAAGCCUCCGAUGCUCCUAAUCCAGGGAUGGAUUCGAGUUCUGCUCAUAAGCGUUUCGACUCUCUAGUACAGCUCGAACAUAGUGGCCAGCCAGUGGUGGGUGACUAUCUGAAGAUCCAGUUUGUUGAACAUCAGGUUGUGCCUACAAUCUUGUCGUUCUUCUUUCGGUUCCCGUGGAAUAAUUUCCUGCACAAUGUAGUAUAUGAUGUUAUUCAACAAGUCUUCAACGGGCCCAUUGACCGUGGAUUUAAUCGAGCCCUCGCUAUCGACUUGUUCGACACCGGGCGUAUCACUGAGCAGGUCAUUGAAGGACAGCGCCGGAGUGAUGAGGCUCAGGCGACUAAGAACAUGAGACUAGGAUACAUGGGCCAUCUUACCCUCAUUGCAGAGGAGGUCGUGAAGUUCAGCGAACGCCACCCGCCAGAACUGCUAUCACAGACCGUCAUAGAGAAAGUCCUCAGCCAAGAAUGGAUAGAUUACGUCGAGCAGACCUUGUCUGAGACCAGGGAGCGUGAUAACGCCAUCCUCGGGGGCGUGCGGCCUGAUAUGACCAUUGGCCAGCGUCAGGCUGUGCUCAAUGCUGUCGGAGCUGGACAAGGCUUCGGUGGUUCAUCUGCUCUCGCCAAUGCUGGCUUGAACGGAGGAAUCGCAGGGUCCAGCUUCGAAAGUUUCGAUAUCAUGAACCAAGGUAGCGCAUCGAGCGGUGCGUUUGGUCUGGGCGGUAAUAGCAGCUCGCUUCUCAGCGGCUUUGGAAGCUCAAGCGACGAUGAGGACGAAGAGAUGGAGGACCAGGACGACGAGGAAGGGAAGAACUCAAUGGAAGACUCGGCAGAGGGCCGCUCAGAGAAUACUUCUUCCAACUCCACCAGCCAGCCGAUCCCGAUCCUUGCCCCGCCGCCAGGCACUCUGAACCCUGCUCCCUCUCGAGCCCGUCGUCAGCUGGCUGCACGACUUGCUCUUCAGAAGCAGCAGGCUGCCGAUGCAGCGGCCACGGAAGAAAACCCUUCCGAGUCCGAGAAGAGGGAGGCAACAGGAGAGGGAGAGGACCAAUGGGCUACGAAUCCUUUCGUUAUAUCGGGACUGGACGAUGAUCUUACAGAAUCUCCGGCUUCAGCAACUUUCCCGUCCUUGGACUUUCCAUCUAGGAGUGCGGAUAUAUCGUCGUCACCCACUUUCCCUCGAUCGGGUUUCUCGCCUCCUGGAUCUCCCUCUCCCCAUUCCUCGGAUGAUGGAAGAGAAGGGGCAUCUGAAGCAGUGAGACGAAAAGAACGGAUGCCUCUUGAGGUUGAUGACGAUGAUGAUGAAAUGGGCGAGAUGGUCGGCCCUAACAUGUCCUCUGGCAUAGGCAUGACGGACUCGGACGAGGAGGACGAAGCGAUCAUCAACGAGUCGCUCGGCUAUGCAAGCUUCUACGGCCCUGGUCGGUAUACUGCCACGGGCAGAUCCCGUGUGAUCGGUUCACAUUUCGGUCCCGAUGCAGAUGAUCAGGAUGAUAGCAGCGACGGCGAGGACGAAGGACUAGUAGAGAUCUUGGUUCCUGGAAGGAAAUCUUCUACCUCGAACUAAUUUUAUCUGCUCCUUUGAUAUUUGCCCGCUACUUUUCGUGCCGCAGCCGUCUUUCCU